CACCGUUAAACCCCAAAUCUCUUACUAUCCUAUCUUGUUCAUUACACAUCACACUCACCUCAUUGGUGGAAACUGUCCUUAUCUCACCUUGCCCAACCUCUUGCCUCCCUUUUGUUCCCACUUUCCAUUCCCAUUCUCUUCAAUUUCACUAAACGUGACUCACACAUUCACCUACAAUUUCCUCUUGAAACACAUGAAGUUCUAAAUUCAAACCUUUCAAGUUCAACUCAAGCUUAAUUCUCAAUACACCCACCAUAUAUAAAGAGAGUACAAGGGAGAAUAUAAGAUAGCAAUAAACCUAAGGAAAGAACAACUCCUUAAAGAAACAUAAACAUUAUCAUAACCCAAACACAAACAUGAGUGCUGUGAAUCUUAACACAUGGACACACUCCAAUUUCAUGUGCAAUCAAGUUACUACUACUGCUACAACUAGAUCCAGAUCCAGAAUCCCAUCUUUCUAUUUUACCAAAAUACCCAUUUCAGUUUCACCCAUUAAACCAUCAAAACCCAAUUCUUCUUCAUUUUCUUUCUCUGUUUCUUCAUUACUUACAAAACAAGAACCAAUAGAAGCAGAAGAGCAAAACCCAAUCUUCAAUUUCAAAUCCUACAUGAUAGAAAAAGCAACUAGGGUUAACAAAGCCUUAGACGACGCCGUUUCAUUACGCGAACCGUUAAAAGUUCAUGAAGCCAUGCGUUACUCUCUUCUCGCCGGCGGAAAACGCGUUCGGCCGGUUCUCUGUUUAGCCGCCUGUGAACUCGUCGGAGGAACCGAACCGAUGGCGAUGCCAGCCGCCUGCGCCGUUGAAAUGAUCCACACGAUGUCUCUCAUCCACGAUGACCUUCCUUGUAUGGAUAACGAUGAUCUCCGGCGAGGUAAACCUACAAACCACAAAGUCUUCGGAGAAGACGUUGCUGUUCUCGCCGGAGAUGCUCUUCUCGCUUUUGCUUUCGAACAUAUUGCCGUCUCCACCGUUGAUGUUUCUCCGGCGCGAAUUGUCCGUGCAAUCGGUGAAUUAGCGAAAUCAAUAGGCUCGGAAGGACUCGUUGCGGGACAAGUUGUUGAUAUAAACUCAGAAGGUUUAUCCGAUGUCGGACUCGAACGGCUUGAAUUCAUUCAUUUGCAUAAAACUGCAGCUUUGUUAGAAGGUGCUGUUGUUCUUGGUGCAAUAUUAGGUGGUGGAAGUGAUGAAGAUGUUGAAAAACUGCGAAAAUUCGCGACAUAUAUUGGUUUAUUGUUUCAGGUUGUUGAUGAUAUUCUUGAUGUGACGAAAUCUUCACAAGAGUUAGGGAAAACUGCUGGGAAAGAUUUGGUAGCUGAUAAGGUUACUUAUCCUAAGCUUUUAGGGAUUGAGAAAUCGAAAGAGUUUGCUGAGAAAUUGAACCGUGAUGCACAAGAACAACUUUCUGGGUUUGAUUUGAAUAAAUCUGCUCCUUUGAUUGCUUUGGCUAAUUACAUUGCUUAUAGGCAAAACUAGAUUGUUUUGUUUAUUGUUGUAAUGUUAAAUUAUUAAACAGUUUAGGAGAUUUAGAUUUGUUUAUCUAUUGGGGAAUGUAUAAAAUAAUUGUUGAAUUAUUUCCCCUUUUCAAUGUGUUUUUGUGUUCAUUUUUGUUACGGUAUGAAUUUGUAAUUAAAUGUUGUUAUAUUAUCUCAUCCAUUAGGAAAAGUAUACUUGUAGUAUGUUUAUUUGAAUGAAGCAGAGGAUGAAUUAUGUGUUAAUUCAGUA